AUUGUGUCAUGUGGUAUCGCGGAGACUGUGUGCCCGUUAUACGGCUCUCGUGGAGCGGAUAUAUAUAUCCAAAAUUACAUAAUAUCAAAACGACGUAGCGAGACGAGCUCAACUUACCAUGUGUUAUCAUUUUUAUGGCGAUGACGUCACGCUCUCGCCGAUGAGAUAACGGGACUGUUGCCGCGUAUGAUAGGCUGCGCGAUUGUGAUCCACGUGAAACCCUUUUUGCGUGGUCACUGUCUGAACAAAGAUGCUUUUAGAUUUGAGUUACAACUACCUUAAAACUAAGGCAAGAAUGAAAUCACUGUGGCAACCGCCUGUACAGUAGUGCUGCAGACAGCUUGAGAUCUCCUGACCUCUGUGACCUUUUGAGUCGAGAUGGCAAACCAGCGAAAGCACCUGGUCCGAGAUUUCAACCGAUACAUCACCUGCUCGAUUUGCCGUGGAUACUUGAUCAAGCCCACUGCUGUCACAGAAUGCCUGCACACCUUUUGUAAGAGUUGUAUUGUUCAGCAUUUUGAGGAGAGCAAUGAGUGCCCGGAGUGUGGAAUACAGGUCCAUGAAACCAACCCUUUAGAGAUGCUGAGACUAGAUAAGACCUUAGAAGAGAUUAUCUUCAAGCUGGUGCCUGGACUAAGAGAGAAGGAGGAACAAGAGGAAAGUGAAUUUUGGAGAAAAAAUAAGCUCAAAUCAAAUGGAGAAGAUGGCCCUAGGUCUAAGAAACCUCGACUGAGUGAUGAAGAGGAAGAUGAUGGAAAGGGUGGAGACUACCACAGAAGCGAUCCUCAGAUUGCCAUUUGUCUGGACUGUCUACGAAACAAUGGCCAGUCAGGAGAAAGCAUAGUAAAGGGUUUAAUGAAGAAAUUCAUCCGUUGCUCUACUCGUGUUACAGUGGGAACCAUUAAGAAGUUCCUCUGUGUGAAAUUGAAGUUGCCAAGCUCUUAUGAGCUUGAUGUUCUGUGUAAUGGUGAGAUCAUGGGCAAAGACCACACCCUGGAAUUCAUCUACCGCACUCGUUGGAGACUACAGGGAGAAAGCGUAAGUGCUUAUCCCAUGGUCCUUGAGUAUCGUCCACGGAUCGACUUCGGCUAAAUGGCACUUACAGCUUUCUGGAAAUUCCUCCAAUCUCCUGCAGACCGAUGUCAAGUAAUAGACAAAAAGCUAAUUAACUGAAUGAUUGUGCCUCUGUUAAAAGACAAUAAGAUGAAGCCCAACGGCUGACAGGACUGCUCUCUUCUUCCUGUGUGCACUGCUUCAGCCUUAUCCGUGUUUCUUCCCUCCUCCUUGUUCCUGAUUGACAAUUGUGGCUCCGCCCACUGGCACAGAAUUAAGUCUGAUGAUUACGUUCCUUCAAAGCUUUCCCUGCAUGUUGUCUCUAUGACGACGCCUUAGCGUAGGGCAGCCUGUUGGGAUUAUGUGAUAGCAAUCUAGCACAGAAAGUAACCUCCCAAACACAUCCAAAAAAUGCACCCUGGCUAGGUAGGAGAGAAAAAUAAGGAAUUUUUAGGCUGAAGUUUAUACUUACUAGAAAAGGGUUUAAUUGAUUUUAAAUUGUUGUUUUAUUAGGCAUUUUAUCUGAGACUUUGCACUAGAGACGAAUCCAAAUGUCUCACUGUAUUGUGGCUAUUCUAUCUUUGUUUCAUUCUCUCUCUCUUCUUUUUCUACCUUGUUCUUACCACCCACAUUGUUCUUCAUACAUUCAGUAACACUUUUCAUGUCACCAUUAUCUCUCUUUCUCUCUCUCUAUUUCUAUCUUUCUCUCUCUCUCACACACACACACACACACACACAUGAACUCUGUCUUUCUCCAGUUUUUUCCAUCUUCCCUCGCACACUAAUUUUUUUCCAAUGGUGUUUUGGCUCUGGUCUGAAGUAUUGAUGGAUCUCAUUCAGCUGUAAUUGAAUGAGAGGUCUAUAGAUGUCCCAAAAUAACUGCACUGAAAGGCACUCUGGGUAAGCAUUUCUCCCUCACACUAAUCUAAGGCCAAAUCUUACAUUACCCAAACUAGAUCUUUAUUUUAUUAGGAAUGGUAUUACAAUAACUGAUGCCAGAUAUGUUUAAACCAGUGGUUCACUGAGAAAUAUCAUUUUUUAAAUGUUUUCUCAGUGAAAGCAAUGACUGAGGAGCACCAGCUGUACAGUAUCUUGCACAGAACAGCUUUUAAUCACAGUCUGCUAGCUGUAAACAUUCUGUUGUUUCCUGUUUAAUUAGAAACUAUAUUUAAAUGCCAACAAGUUAUUCCUGUGAAAUCCUUAUCAACUCAACAGACUUUUUGAAUUAUGAAUGCAACACCCAGAAUGUCUAUAAUAUUACAUUUCCUGUGUAUUUUGUGUGGUUUUGCACUUAGGCAAUUGCAAAAUAAGGCUAUAGUUUUUAUGUGUCGAUGCAGCAGUGUUUGGUGGAUCAGAAUUGCUGAGACUAAAACAUAUUUUCAUUGAUAAUUAAAAGGGAAUAUAAAAUAAUUUGAUAUUUAAAAAUUUGAUAUAUAUUUGAAAUUAAACAAAUUUUGUAAAAUUG